GAGCUGCUUAGGCUGUUAAUGAUAGACAGACUAUCUCAGCAUGGAGCAUGUGGCUGGAAUGCGGAGCAGCUUAAAGCCAAUUCUGCAGCAAGCCCCACUAGUCCCACCUCCCUGCAGAGCUGCUUGAGUGACAAUUCAGUGCAGACAACAGUCCAUGUAUGUCAGACAGAAACCCAGAGUGCCAUCCCUGCACACAGCAUGAUUGGAAAUCUGGCCUGUACCUUGGGAAGACAAACAGCUGCUGUGGCUCCUAGGAUCAUCCAGAUGAGAAGAUUCCUGCAUGGAACUCAUUUCAGGGUUUCAUCUUCUGUGGAGGAAGCUCUGGCUGAUGGGAGACCGAUCAUAGCCUUGGAGAGCACCAUCAUUACACAUGGCAUGCCUUAUCCCCAGAAUUUGAGCAUGGCCAGAGAGGUGGAAGAGAUUGUAAGGACAAAUGGGUCAGUACCUGCAACCGUGGGCAUUUUAAAUGGCAGGAUCCACAUCGGCCUCAAUGAUGAGGAACUUCAGUUUCUGGCAAAGAGCAAAAAUUUAGUUAAGGUAUCUCGGAGGGAUCUUCCCUACGUUCUCAGCCAGGGUUUGUCUGGCGGUACCACUGUGUCAGGGACGAUGAUUGUGGCACACAAAGCAGGAAUUCCCGUGUUUGUGACAGGAGGGAUCGGAGGGGUCCAUCGUGAAGGAGAGAAGACUAUGGAUGUGAGUGCUGACCUGACUGAGCUAGGACGCACUGCAGUUGCUGUGGUUUCCGCAGGCGUUAAGUCUAUUCUGGACAUUGGUAGGACGCUGGAAUAUCUGGAGACUCAGGGUGUCUGCGUGGCUGCCUUUGGAGACUCAAGGGAAUUCCCUGCCUUCUUCUCCCGCCACAGUGGCUUCCAAGCACCGUGUCAGGUACAGAAUGAGGAGGAGGCUGCCAAACUUAUUGCCAGCACCUUGGCACUGGGCCUGGGCAGUGGAGUGCUGAUUGCAGUGCCCUGCCCUAAGGAGGAAGCUGCUUCAGGACAGGUCAUUGAAGCUGCCAUCCAAGAAGCUCUGAGCAACGCCCGGUCGAAAGGGAUCACAGGAAAAGAGCUGACUCCCUUUAUGCUACAGAAGGUGAAUGAACUGACUAGUGGAAAAUCGUUGGACUCCAAUAUUGCUCUGAUCCAGAACAAUGCCAGAGUGGGCAGCCGCAUAGCUGUGGCCCUGAGCAAGAUCCAAACUGCCACAGGGAAGCGCAACCUGCCUCGGCGUGAGAAAGUAACUGCACUUAGGCCUGUGGUGAUUGGAGGCAUCAAUGUGGACUUCAUAGCCAAGGCGAGAAAUACCACCAUACAGGCUGGCGGACAGACAAACGCUGGGCAAGUGAGCCAAUCUUUCGGAGGUGUGGGGAGAAACCUGGCAGAUUGUUUAAGCCGUCUUGGGAAGACCCCUCUCUUUAUCUCAGCUCUGGGGAAGGAUGAACAUUCAGAGUCCAUCUUGCGUUACUGCCGCCACAUGGACAUGGCAGGAGUCCUUCAGCUUGCGGGGCACAGUACAGCUACCUACUGUGCAGUGAUUACAGGCAGCGGGGAGCUCAGCCUUGGCUUGGGAGACAUGGACAUCCACCAGCAGAUAACAGAGCAAUACGUGUCCAAGUUCAAGGAGAGUCUGUGCUUGGCCCCACUGGUAUGUAUUGAUGGGAACGUGCCAGUUGCCACCAUUCAGUACGUCUGUGAAAUUGCUAGAGAGCACCAGAUAGCAGUGUGCUAUGAGCCAACAGAUGAGAACAAGGCUUCUAAGCCAUUCCUUUCAGACAGCUGGAAAGCGCUGACCUACAUCUCCCCCAAUCUGCGAGAACUAAGGGCAAUAAAUCGGACCCUGGGGCACCCUGUGCUGGCAGAUCUGCCAUCCAGGCUGGAGGAUGUUGUCAGGACUGCGAUGACCCUAACCCACCCCUUGCUGACACAACUGCAUUGUGUGGUGGUGACACUCGGCAUGCAUGGAGUCCUCUUGUGUGGCAGGAGAGUGGAAGGGAGUGUCUCGCUGUGCCCUGGAACUCGCAAACAGAAUGCUGCAGGCGAGCUGUGUGCCACCCACUACCCAGCAAUCCCCAUCUCCAGGGAAGAGAUAGUGAAUGUCUCAGGAGCAGGUGACAGUUUAAUGGCAGGGAUAAUCGCUGGGCUACUUGCUGGGCAUGACACAGAUACCUGCGUCCGGAUGGGCCUGCUCGCUGCCUGCCUCUCCCUCCGUUCAUACGAGCCCAUCUCCCAGGAGAUCAGUACUGUCAGCGUGAACCUGGAGCAGGUCAAGGCUAGGAGCUGGCCAGAGCCUGAACUUGCUGGCAGUGCUUAAAGUGGUCUUCAAAAAGUGGGAGGUUUCACGUAAGCUGGGAGCAGCAGCAGAGGUAAGACAGUGCUUAAAGAGAGAGAGUGUGUGUGUGUGAGUGCGUGCGCCCUUCAGUGAUUCAGCUUGAUUUUUCUCUCACUGGGUCUCUAACCCCCAACCUUGCAACUUUAAGCACUGCUCCUUGGGGUUGUUCAAUUUUCAGCUUCAGAGUUCAGUGGACUGGUGGUUGUCUGUGCAAUUAAACCUCCUUCACUGGUGCCCUUAUUGAUAGAGAGCAGUUGGGGGGUGGGUGUAUAGCAUUAGCCCUCCAGUAUUACUGUGGUCCAACCUUCCUCCUCUUCAAAAUCAGCGGGUAGUGUUAGCAAUUCAUUGGCUAAAUUCAGCAGCAAGGCCAGCUAAGGUGGAUGGUUAGCUUUUCUCUCACCUGUGAGCACUGGAAGUUGUGCUUUGCACCACAGGAAACAAAGCAGGAAACUUCUCUGCCUGUUAUACAGUCUCAGGGAUAUUCAUUUUUCACUAAGGCUUUGUCUACACUAUGAUCUGGGGGUGUGAUUCCCUACUUGUGUACACAUACUUGCACCAACUCCCAUCGAGCCAACACCUUUUCCCACCACCUUUGUGUACUCAGGGGGCAACCUCAGCCUAACCAAAGAAUGGGCGUACCAAUGGUCUUUCCAUUGGAAGCAGUGAAAGAAACACAUACCCCCAACAUUCCAGUGGUGAAAGUGCAUAAUCAGUCAUCUAAGGGAUUUAAAGAUGUAUGGUUGUAAAAGAUGCCUUUGAGACCAAAUUAGCCCCUUCCUCUCAUGCACCUCCCUGCACCUGAUGUGCACUGUUUGCCAGCAGAUCCAUUUAUUUAUCUCAAUCCUGCCUGCAAAUAGUUUAGCCAAACUAUUCCAUGAUCACAACUGGGAAAGAACACUAGACACACACAG